ACGGGUUUUUUUCUUUCCCAGCGGAGACUUAGCGGGUCGGUGGUGGAAUCCAACAGCGAAAAUGGUCGACGAGUUUAUAGGAAAAUGGGAAUUAGAGAGCAGCGAUAAAUUUGAUAGCUAUCUGGCGAAAUUAGGGGUGGGGAUGGCACUGAGGAACUUAGCUAAAAUAGCCAGCCCCACCACCACAAUCUCAAAGGACGGCGACAUCAUCACGCUAGUGACCGACAGCAAGAUGAAACGCACAGAGAUUCGUUUCAAACUGGGCGAGGAAUUUGACGAGACCACCGCUGACAACAGGAACACCAAGACCACGGUGACAAUGGAUAAAGGAAAAAUGGUUCAAACUCAACGGUGGGAUGGAAAAGAAACGACACUCGAUAGAGAACUGAAGGACGAAAAACUAAUAUUGACCUGCACCAUGGAGGAUGUCGUGUGUACCAGAAUCUAUCGGAGAUCAAAAUGUUGAUCUGGAACAAGGAACCGGACUGGCUCUUUUCUGUGAAUUUCACUUGCUGCUUUUUCUACUGGAGUUUCUUUCAGUAUUUUGUAUAACUAGGACUGUUCUUUUUCAUUGCACUUUUGGUUAAAUUUUGUAGCCCUGGCAUUCGGAGGGGGAGGGGAGGGGGGGGGGGGGUGGAAGAAAAAUUAUUUCAUGGGUUAUACUGGGAUUUUUUAAAUGACUUGAAAUAAUAUAACUAUGCAUUCCCUGAUGGAAUUGUGGAAAUGUUAAACACUUCUCUUGAAUGAGUGUGAACUGGCAUGGAUUUGCAUGAUCAAAGUGUUAUGAGUAUUAUGGCAAUUUGCAAUUGUCAGCUUUCACAGGAACCAAAAAAAGUUAAUUUUGGGCAUUGAGUGAAGUAACAUGGAAAAUUUCAAUUCUGGGGGAAACAGUGCAGACACAAUUGCUAACCAAGUCUAUGCAAGGUUUUCCCAAAUGUACACGAUUAUACAAACUUUACUCGACAGUGAGCAAUUAACAUGUCAACUAUUUACUUAGCCUGUUAAUAAUUAAUUGUUUUAUUGCCAUGUACAUGUUUAAUAAUACAAUUAUAAGUUGCUCACUGUUUAUACUGUUGCUGGCGUGCCUAAAAUAAUCUCUACAGUUGCUGGUGAAACUAUACAAAUCUUCAGUAUUAUGGAAGUUAUGCAGCCAAUAUAAAUUGAGCAAAAAGAAUGGUCCAGUGUACAAACAGUGCAAAAAAAGCCAAAUUUGUGCAGCCUUAAUAAAAUGGUAUAAAAACAAGGUU